AGUGGUCAUACUCAUACUCAUUAUUAUAGGAUAGUUAUCACUAUUAUUAGUUGUUGUCAUGGCUGAUACUUGUGAUAGCGAUGUGCCAGGUGGUGAUGAAACUACUUCCACUGUCCCAGUCCCCCCACGGCCACACUGCCACUGAGGCACUGACUGUACCAGUCCAGUCAAAAUAAUUCCUACUAUUUUGUUUGUAACCACUGGCACUGUACUGGCAUGUUUAUGGACUCUUGGUACUACAAUGUACAAUAGACCCUUUGCAUAAAAUUUAUCCGUGACGGUUUAGCCCCAGAUUCCCUAGCGGUAAGUGGCAGCGAGUGGUGUUGCUGAGAACUUACUUGUGUCCGCAAGCUGUACUCGGCACUGAAAACAGUCCGGCUGUCCAACUGCAAGUCAUUGUGGCCAGCAGUACGAGCCGUCGAGCACGGAGCACUACUUACUGCUAGUAUGGUAUACAGUAGACUGAUCAGUGGAAUAGCUAUCAGUUAGGUGAUCACUGGAGACGACAGUACGCUGAGGUGCUGGAUGCUCGCUACAGUAGUACUACUAGUAGUAGUAGCAGAAACUGAGAGAAAAACUGUCUCUGCCUGUGUACACACUCACCUGAUUACAUGACUUGGCGGCUGUGAGUACAUGGGAUACAGUUGUACUGUGCGGGUAGACAGACGUACUGGUGACUAAUCCACUGUUGAACUGAUAUUCGGCCAGGUGGCUGAAGCUGCCAAUCCCGUCGUCGCUCGGCGCCGGCCUCCGGCGUCAUCGCCGUGGACCAAUCCCUUAGACUGUGCCGACGUGUGUGUGUGUGUGUGUGUGUGUGUGUGUGUGUGUGUGUGUGUGUGUGUGUGUGUGUGUAUCGACACUGCAUAGUGGUCUCUGACGACAUGGCAGUAGCCAAAGUCUACUACGCAGACGCGAAGAUGAUACAUCUAAAUCUGAAAUGCCGGAUCAGCCGCAUUCUGCCGUACCUCAAUGCCACUUGUGGUUGCCGAGAAGAGAUUCUGCUGGACCUGGUGGAUACGCAGGGCAAGAUCAUACACCUUCCUGAUCACCGGCAAGACGAGGCAUGCAAGUACCUACAGAACAACGCCAAGUACAUUCUCUGCGCCAUUCUCAAGGAUGACGACGGCAACAAGAAGUACAAAGUGCUGCUUACGGAGCCUCAGGAGUUGUUCCCCGGUUUUCUCUUGGAAACGGAUCGGCAGGCUAGCACCAGCAGCCACACCGAAUCACAGGCCAGUGGUCGACGCAGCACCUCACAAGCCAGUAGCACUACCAGCAUGGGUGGUGCUGGAUGGAGUAAGCUACGACGGCGAUCAAAGACCAUCACCGGUGCAUCAUCACCCGCACCGACGGCAAAGGUGAAAGGAAAGGCCAAAGCAUCUGCAGCAGGAGGGAAGUGACUGCCAGCCAGACUCAGUGCAAGCAUGUUAUUGCUGACCAGUGCAAGCAUGUUAUUGCUGACCAGUGCAAGCAUGUGAUUGCCGACCAGUGCAAGCCUGCGUACUAAUCAACCAUGACCAGUGUAAACACACUCUCUCUGUCUCUGUCUUCCCCCCUCUCUCUCUCUCUCUCUCUCUCUCUCUCUCUCUCUCUCUCUCUCUCUCUCUCUCUCUCUCUCUCUCUCUCUCUCUCUCUCUCUCUCUCUCUCUCUCUCUCUCUCUCUCUCUCUCUCUCUCUCUCUCUCUCUCUCUCUCUCUCUCUCUCUCUCUCUCUCUCUCUCUCUCUCUCUCUCUCUCUCUCUCUCUCUCUCUCUCUCUCUCUCUCUCUCUCUCUCUCUCUCUCUCUCUCCCUCUCUCUAAAUGCCGAUGUGCAGGUAAGCGGCGUACACAUGUAGUGGUCACGUGCAAAACCUGUUGGGCCAUCAGGCGCUAUCGAGCAAAACUAGAGAAAGCAAAUGACAGUCUUGUCAGCGUGUGGCACCCCUUCAGUCCUCCAAACCUGAUUCUUCAGUUCACAGCUACCUGAGCUUCAGCCAUUGCUCUUCCGGACCUUGACCUUGACAUACUUGACAAUCUAUGAUCUAGUUUAUAUCUGUUCUAUACGUCCUCUCCAUCAAUACACAACGGUUAUUUUCAUUGUGUGUCCAUGGAUAUAUUUUCUAGUUUUUGUUUUGUUUUUAGCCUUUCCUGAGUUUUGUGUACAGGUUACCGACCAAUUCUCUAUUUUCGUAUUUUGUUUCUACACUCCUCGCCCAACACUGUA